AUGUUGAAGCACUUGCAGGCCUUGCGCAGUGUGCGGCGGCCCGACGGUCCUGUGCUGCUCUGGAUGCGAGGAAGUCUUCUACUGUUCGGUGAACUGCCAGCAGCAGGACUGGACCUCCCAUCGCCUCGCCUGCCACCGGCGUGCGGACCAGGUAGCGCAGGAGGUGAAGGCAUCAUUGGCUGUCGUCCCCGCGGACCGCGUCUCAAGUUCCACGAUAUCUAUGGUUGGUGGGGAUGUGGCGGCACUGAGACGCCUCCGCACAAGCGGGAGAUUGUCCUGGCAGGCAAAGAGCACGCCAUCAAGGGGGCUGAGGAGAAGCGGGAGCAGCUGCGUGCGGCAGCCGUGGCGGCGUCACGGGAUCGGCGCUACAUGGAAGUGCUGGACUCGGCGAUGCAGGCGUACCAGAUGGGUGCCUCCGAAACGCGUCGGAAAACCGCUGGGGAGCCUGACGUGGACCUCAAUCAACUCGUGGAGUUGCUGCUCCUUGCCCGGGCCACACACGUGGCCGGCGACCACGCCGCAGGCUUGAAGUACCUUGACUUCCUGUCCAAACUGGUCGACAACCUGACUGGGGCAGAUGGCAAUCUGCCGAUCUUCCACCCCUCCUCUGCUGCAACGCUGCUGCUGUGCACCGCGGAGCUGUUUGCCCUCUUCGGGCAGCAGGAGCGGGCAGCAGACUACAGUCGGGCCUACAUCGCCAUGGCACGGCUGGCACACGGCGAGGGCUCUCCCCCAGUGGGUGAUGCAUACGGCUUCCACACGGCCCUGCUCGCCCGCCGUGGUCAGUUCGAGGAGGCGCUUCACCACGCAAUGAUGAUGCUUCAGGUUCGGCAGCGCUGCGGCGAGGACAAGCCCAUUGCCGACGCUCACUGGAAUGUGGCGGUCCUCCUACGGGAGCUCCACCAAUACCAGUCUGCCAUCGAGAGCCUGGAGGCCGCGAGGGAGAUCUACUCCCGCUGCUCUGGCGAGGGGCCGGACACCUCCCAAGCAGACAUUGCGACUGCAUCUGUGCUGCAGCUGCUCGGUGAGCACGAAAGGGCCGUGAAAAUGCUGCGGCAAGCAGUGCGGGCGCGGCAGCGCACCCUGGGCUUCGCGAACCUCGAGACCAAGCGAGCGGCCGAGCUCCUGGCCGAAGCCGAGGCGAAGCUCCAUCACGAGGUCUUCAGACCUUCUUGGCCUCAGUGGGAUGCGGGACCUAGGCCGGCGGAGGACUUGGUGGUGUUGUCCCUGCAAGGCGCCACGCGAGAGCGACCAGGCCGGCCGGUCCCGGAUUGGCUCCGCAAGGCGGUUAGCUUCCCUGGCUUUGUGGUGGCGACCCGCACCGGAGAUGGCGUCAUCUCGGUCUUUAUCGGCGAAUCCUUCCUCAGCGAGGUGGCGCUGCCAACGAACGUGGAGAUCGAGCGCCAGUGGGCCUCCUUGCGAGUUUGCAAGGCGUCCUUGGACGUCGAUGCGGCCUUGACAAAGUUCGAGGCCCUCUGCCAAGCGCUGAAGGCCAGACUCCUUGCGAGGAAACACCAAGCCAACCUUGCCGCAGCAAACUUGCGGGUUCCCCUCUGA